AUUUAUGAUUACCAAUGUAAUAUGGGGCUUAUUUUACUGGAAAAGAAAGACUUGGAGUCUAAAUACAAUGAAAUCAAAGCUGCUUCUGAGUCAGCUGAGAUAAUUUAUACGCGUGAUAAAGCUGCAAAUAUCUCUGCUUUAGGUGAAGCAAGGAAACGCGAAGAGAACCUGAAAAAGGCCUUAGGAAUAGAAAAGGAAUGCUUAGCGAAUAUUGAGAAGACCUUGCAUGAAAUGCGUGCUGAGUCUGCUGAAAUUAAAGUUGCUUAUGAAAGUAAGUUGACUGAAGCUCAAUCAAUGAUGCAAACUGCACAAAAGAUGUUUGAUGAGGCAAAGUCCAAAACGCAUGAGUUAGAGGCUGCUCAAGCAGAAGGAAGGCGUCGUCAGAAUGCUGCUCUAAGAACCUUACAGGAUGUAGAGGCUCGUGAAGAUGAACUUAGAAGACGAACUGUUUCUUUCCACUCUGAUUGUGAGGCCAAAGAGAAGGAGCUCAGUCUUCAGAGGCAAUCUCUGAAUGACAGCCAUAAGAUAUUGCGUCAAGAGCAAGAGAGAUUAAUGGAAGGGCAAAGCCUGCUCAAUCGAAGGGAAGAGCAUCUCUAUGGAAGAUUGAAUGAAAUAAGCCGUGCUGAGAAAGAAUUGGCAGAAGCAAGAUUGAAAUUCGAAGAAGAUUCAUCAAUUUUAGGGGAGGGAAAGGUUAAGUUGGAGCUUGAUGUGUCUGCUUUUGCAGCAGGAGAAGAGGCUGUCCUUAAAAGGGAAGCUCUACUUGACAAAAAGGAAAGGGAAUUGCUUAUAUUACAGGAAAAGAUUUCUAAUAAAGAAUUUGAUGAGAUGCAAAGGCUCAAAGCCGAAUAUCAACGUAAUUUUGAAAGGAAAACUUGUGAGUUUGAAGCUGAAAUGGAGCAGAGAAGGAAAUCGUUAGAGGAUGAGAUAGAAGUGAAAAUUAAAGACUGCAGUGCCUGGGAGUUUGAGCUCAAGCAGAAAGAGCAACAAAUUAUGAAGAUGGAAAAUUCAGUUAAAACUGAUCUCCAUGCCAUUUCAGACAAGCAGGAGGAUGUAAUGAAGAAACUCCAGCUUUUAGAGGAAAAAGAGAAAUCUGUACUUCUUACAGAAAAAUCUCUCGAAUCAAAGAUGCAGAACGUACAAAAAGAAAAGGAGGAAAUUAAUAAGAUGCAUGAAGAACUUCGUAAAGAGAAGAUUACACUUGAAGAUGAGAAGAUGCAACUUCUUCGUGCAGAGGAGAAACUAGCUAUCUCUGCUAAUGAGAGAAAUGAGCUGCUUGUAUUCGAAAGAAAAUUGAAAGAAGUGAUUGAUAGCUUUAGAUCUCAAAAGUUGGAACUUGAAGUUGGAGCGGAAAAAUUGAAGUCAGAAAAGGAGAAAUUUGAAAUAGAAUGGAACCUAAUUGAUGACAAACACGAGGAGUUGAGGAAAGAAGCUGAUCGAAUAGUUGAAGAGAGAAGAACUGUUGACAUGUACCUCAGGAAGGAACUUGACAGUUUAAAUGCCGAGAAGGAGAACUUGCGCAAUCAGUUGAAGCAAAAUGCUGAAUCCUUGUCUCACGAGCGGGAUGACUUCUUGAGAAAGAUGGAGCGCGAACAUUCAGAUUGGUUUGUCAAGUUUAAUAAAGAAAAAGAAGAUUUUCUUAAUGAUUUUGAGAUUCAGAGGAAAGAGUUGGAAAACAGUAUUUGUAGAAGGAGAGAGGAAGUUGAAAAUUAUUUGAGAGAAAAAGAGGAAGCAUUUGAGAAGGAAAAGAGCAAAGAGCUUCAGAGUAUUGCAUCUCGGAAAGAAGAGAUUGCGAAACAGUUGAAACAUGCUGCAUUAGAGUUGAAGCAACUUGAAAAUGAGAGGAUGGAGAUUGCCCGUGACCGAGAGCAGAGACAGACUGAGUGGUCUGAGAUAAAUCAUUUUAUUGAAGAGCUUAGUGCGCAACGGGAGAAGCUACAGAAGCAAAGGGAAUUAUUGCGUGCUGAUCGUGAGGAAAUUGAUAAACAAAUUCAGUAUCUUCUGAAAUUAGAGCAUUUAAAUAUUGAAUUAGAAAGUAGAAGUCUAUAUACUGAUAAUCCAACAGUGAAUAUUGGAAAUCUUCCCAGUAGAAAAGAAUUUUAUCAUAGAGAAGAGAAAUAUAAAUCAAAUUUUAGUCAAAAUCUUUCGCCACUGAGCAGAAAGAGGCGUGCCCAUGCAGCCUGUAAUGAUUCCAAGUUAGAGCAUGAUAGAAAACAUCUGAAGAAAUUGAGGUAUUAUAUGUAUUUUCUUAAAAUGAUGUUUAAUGUAUAUUUAGACAUGCUAUUUAAUGAAUGUCACACACCAACACCUCUA